AUGUACGUCACAGUCAUUGGAGAAUGUCGAUUUUCUUCUGCUGACGAACACCACAGAUUGGCAAUCAACCCGGUGGUCUGGCAGGACUAUAACACGCUAUAUGGAAUCUCUUUUGCACAGCUCAAUUACACAUACGCAGCUCAAUGUAUCGGCAUGGCUUUUGGCUGUGUCUUCUUUAUCCCGUUCGCGUUGAAGUACGGACGAAAACCAGUGUAUAUUGCGAGUACAUUUGUCGUGUUCCUUACGGCAGUGUGGCAAGCGUGCUUACGUGACCUGCCGAACAUGAUUGCUGCUAACCUCGUCUCUGGUUUGUUUGGUGCGGUCGGCGACACGUUGGUUCAGAUGACGGUUGCAGACAUCUUCUUCCUACACCAACGGGGAACAAUGAACGCAAUAUAUGUGUUUGUCAUCAAUAUCGGGUCCCUACUGGCUCCAGUUGCUGCUGGUUACAGCGCCCAUUCGCAAGGUUGGCCUUGGAUAUUCUGGUGGUGCGCCGUGUUGCUUGGGAUCAAUCUACUACUGUUCGUUUUCUGCUACGAAGAGACCAAGUAUAUGGUCAUUGAUGGUAUAGAGCCACGUGGCUCGCCUCCACGAAGAGAGGGCACAGACGAUAAUAUGCUCUCAUCGAAGAGCCCAGAAGAAUUCACGACUGCGGUGCCCUUGCAACAAACCCAAACACAAGCUGGCCGUCCAGACAGAUCACUCAAGACCUACUGGCAACGCAUUACGCACGUGUCCGUCACUCCCGGAGGUUUCAAGACUUUCGUGCGCCAUGCAUACCAACCAUUUUUCAUUCUUGCUACUUUCCCGGCUACAGCAUAUACCGCACUCCAGUACGGCAGCCUACUGUCUUGGUAUUCCGUGAUUGCCGUCACGCAAACGGAGUACUUCUCUGUCGCCCCAUACAACUUCAGCACUGUCGGUAUCGGCCUGCUAAGCUUGCCACCUUUCAUAGGAUGUCUUGUUGGCGCGUUCUACAGCGGACCCCUCAGUGACUGGUCUAUCCAAUGGCUCGCAAGGCGGAACAACAAUAUCUAUGAACCAGAGAUGCGUUUGUACAUUGCUAUUCUUCCAAUCUUGUUAGGCCCCGCGGGACUUUUUCUCUAUGGUUACAGUUUGGCAAAGGGGGCACCGUGGAUUGUUCCAUGCUUGGGUUAUGGUAUAUAUGGUUUUGCGCAAGCCUCCAUGUUUGGCUUGAGCUUGACGUACCUGGUGGAUUGUUACGAAGAGAUCGUCGGAGAUGCCUUGGUCGGUGUCGCUUUUAUUCGGAAUGGUCUCGCUGCCGGAAUUACCUUUGCCACGUCGCCUUGGGUCACUAAUCUCGGUCUCUGGAAUAGUUUUACGUCUGUGGGGUGUUUGUGUCUUGGGUUUGGCCUGUUGACAGUCCCCAUGGUCAUCUGGGGCAAGAGACUCCGGGAACUUACAUCCAGAAGAUACGCCAUCUAUGCGGAUCUGCAAUCCAAUCCACGAGGUCAGAGUUAA